AUGGAAGUCGCGACUGCGACACACACCAAGACGGAAGGGGCCCCGCACCCGCCUGAGGAAGGAACCACCACCACGGGCCAGAGUCGCAUCGCCCACACCCUCACAGCUUGCUGUCGCUGCCGGACGCGCAAGACAAGAUGCGAUCCCGGACUCCCUCGAUGCGGGCCAUGCGAGCGCACCAAUUCCCACUGCGAGUACUAUGACCCCACCAAGGGACGCAAGAUCCCCCGGAAUUAUGUUGUGCACCUGCAGCAAAAGGUGCGCGACCUCGAGAAGCAGCUGGCUGAUCUCGAGCGCGACGACGUCGAGCCGGACCCUGAAGAUGUGAUGCGCGGAGCCGCUACAGUCCGUGUCCAGGAUUCUGACGAGUCCAAAUUCCUGGGACCUUCAAGUGGAAUCACAAUCACCCGCCUGGUCAUGCAGCUGGCCAAGCAGUUCACAGAGUCCAAGAGCAUAUCCGAGAUUGUGCCACAUGCCGAAGCAAAGAAUGUCAAGGACACCUUCGCCCAGGAAGACCAGCGACCCACCUCCAAAAUUUACCCCAUGGUCAGCGACGUCGCUGCUGAAGAGCUUCCCAACAGAGAUCUGACCAAUCUACUGGUAGAAUUGUUUUACUGCAAAGGCGCGUACGGCUUGCACCCCAUGUAUCCAAUCUUCCACGAGCCAACUUUCACCAAAGACGUCGAUGAGGUUUAUAAUGGCUCCACCGACCCCUACCAGAAUUACUGUCUGCGCAUGGUCAUCGCCAUCAGUCUGCAGAAGAUGGAUACACAGUAUGCCGGUCUCGCUGAUAGCUACUAUCUCGCAGCCCUCAAAUACUUCGAGGCUGCCAUCAAGCCAAUGAAUCUCAAGACCCUGCAGUGUUUUGGCCUGGUUGCAGGCUAUUCACUCCUAACGCCAACGAGGACGGCCGUUUACUACAUCAUCGGUCUUGGUGUACGGCUGUGUCAAGCCCUCGGCCUACAUGAGGAGAAGACAAUCAGCAUGGGCCCUGGCGGACGCUCUGCAGACCCACUCGAAGUCGACAUGCGUCGCCGGUUGUUUUGGAGUAUACUGACUAUGGAUUACGGCUUGUCGCAUAGUCUAGGAAGACCUGCCCAUUUCGCAACACGACGAGAACACAUCGAUGUGAAUUUUGGCGAGCUUGUCGACGAUGUCUACAUCACUAGGGAGGGAAUUAAGCCUGCACCUCAAGCAUCGCUCAAGAAGUGGAUUGGAAUACAUUUCUACAAGAUGCGAUUGCUGCAACUAGAGAUCCGCAAAAUGCUCUAUCAAAGAAAGAAACCCGAACCCAAAGACGACCAGCACCCCUGGUUCGCUCAGAUGCUGUCGAAGAUCGAGGCCUGGCGAGAUACAAGUCCUGAGAUGGACGGCGGAUCGGGACUUAACAAGGUCUGGUUCAUUGGUCGAUACAACACCAUGGUCGUAUUCAUGUACCGUCCGUCUCCACAAGUUCCUCGCCCAUCCCUGGACGCCGCCAUCCGCUGUUACGAUGCUUGCCAAUACAAUAUCUACAUGACCAUGAAGCAGAUUGAGACCAAGAGUGUCGAUGUCACAUGGAUUUUUACGCAGUCCAUCUUCAUGUGCAUCAACACCAUGCUCUGGACACUGUCAUACUCUGAAGUGCGAAGACGUCAUAGCCGCGAGGAAGUAGAGGGUCACCUAAAAGUGGCAAUGGAGUCAAUCAGACAAGCUUCCGAAAGAUGGCCCGGCGUACAGUCUGCUAUUGGUCUGUACUACAACUUGAUAUCUGCUUGCAUGAAGAUCUUCGACAAGGACGGCGACGUUCCCAUCUCAGCCAGCUCUCCAUCUGACACUGCAUCUGUCGGCACUGGCAAUAUUGUGGACGGUAUCAACCGAUCGCGAACUACAAGCCCGGCAACGGCGUCUACCUCGUCGGUACGGACACCUUCCGAAAAGGUAUCAGGGCCCUUCGGCUUCCUACCCGAACAUAAUCAACAGCUCUUCAACUUUACCAACGGCCUCUCAAAUCCGCCCAAUCCGUUCUCAAGUGCGCCGAGCGCGCAACAAGCUGGAUUGCAGACGUCACCUCAGCAAGCUCCACCAAUGGCAUACAAUGAACUAAGUCCAAAGACAUCCAUGGAGAACAGCAUACCCUCAUACAGCUACGCACCUACGGCUCAAUUCGCGCCUCUACCUACAACUUUUGCUGAGCUACCUCAGUGGAACCCAACAUUCACGAUGCCGGCGCAAGAUGGUUACAACAUGGCAAACAUGCAAAUGGCUUCGCCAUUUUACAACGAGGCCUAUGCGGCAAACCAGGGUUAUGAGAUGGCAGACUAUCUCAAUCCGGCCUGGAGUCAGGAUGCCAGGGGCACUGGACUCAACCAGCAGCAACAGAUGGAGUUGAUGCAUGACUUCGAGAUGAACGAGGCAAAGAACAUCGAGAUGAUGAUCGAACAGAGUCAUCAACUCUUCCGCCCACCUCAAUUGCAGCAGACAUACUGA